GAAGUAGCAUCACAGCCCCUCCAGACGGAACCCUUGUCAACAGCCACCUCGACAAUUCCUCACGACUUCCUCAACCCAUUGAACCAGAGCUCCCCUAUAACAGCUCGCCUGGUGGGCGCAUAAGUCAUAAUGCCUGCCUACAACUCCAUCUUCAACGCCGACCCUAACGUCCCGCGCCUGAUCGGCAACUUUCCCCUCCUCCCCCUGCGCACCAAGACCCGUGGGCCCGCCUACACCCUUCCCCUGCCAAACCCGCCGCUACCGCCUAACGAGUCUCCCGACCCGGAGUCCGAGAGCUACGAUGUCCUGGACGAGGUCCUGUCGCUGUUCAGGGCCAACACCUUCUUCCGCAACUUCGAGAUUCAGGGCAACGCCGACAGGCUGCUCAUCUAUGGCAUCCUCUUCGUGUCGGAAUGCCUGACCAAGAUCAAGCCGAGCGCCGACGUGCGGACGGCCGGCAAGGAUGUCAUGAACCUGGCGCUGGAUACCAAUUUCGCUGUUCCCGGCGACCCUGCUUUCCCUCUCAAUCAGAUGUACGAGCCACCCCGCGACAGACAGGAUGCUGAGCAGCUGCGCCAGUACAUGUCCCAGGUGCGCCAGGAGCUGGCUACGAGGUUACUGGCGAGGGUGUAUGCGGACGGUGACGAGAAGCCCAGCAAGUGGUGGCUAAGCUUCACGAAGAGGAAGUUCAUGGGGAAGGCACUAUAAGCGGAAAACGCUGUGAGGGACAAAACAUUUUCGGAUCCCUCUAGGCUUCACAAGAGCGUGCGCCGUUAAUAUAGACUUCCACACGGCCCCACGAAGUGUAGUCCUGAAGCGUCUUAGCCAGCCGAAGGGUAGUCUUGGGGCACUUUAGAAUGAAGAGAGAACAGGACUUUCGGAAUAUUGUGGCUCGCACGGUCUGGGCAGAGAUCACGUCAACCCAACCCGGCCCAGUUGCAUGCCUCGGGUAGAUUGGACGGCUAUGUUAUUGGGAAUAAAACUCAAAUGAGUGUUGGCAG